GGUGGCCUGGGAGGGUGGCCUGUCUCGGAUCUGCUCUUGACUCGUCUCUACGCUCUAUCCACUGGACGCCAGUGAGCCUCAGAAUUCAGGUAACCGAGGGCGGAACUCCUGGCCAGUGUCCCCCACGGGUCCCCGUCCACACGCUCCUACUCUCCGUCGCUGAGCCAUGGAGCCCGGGUGCUACUUAGAGAUGAAUCUUAAAAGUUUGCUCUUGGACGGCGUGCAUCAGGGAGGCUACCUUGAUAUCCCUGGUAUGUCAGAAGCCUGAGUGGGCCCUGCUGCAAGGCCGAAGUGACCUCGACUGCCCUCCCCAGCCUGGUGUCGAGAUGCUGAGCCUGAAGCUCCCCAGGCUGUUCCGCAUAGACCAGGUGCCACAGGUGUUCCAUGAGCAGGGCAUCCUCUUUGGCUACCGACACCCACAGAGUUCCGCCACUGCCUGCAUCCUCAGCCUCUUCCAAAUGACCAAUGAGACCCUCAACAUCUGGACGCAUUUGCUACCCUUCUGGUUCUUUAUGUGGAGGUUCAUGACUGCACUGUAUAUGACAGACAUCCAGAAUGACAGCUACUCAUGGCCUUUGCUCGUGUACAUGUGCACCAGCUGUGUGUACCCCCUCGCAUCCAGCUGCGCACACACGUUCAGCUCUAUGUCCAAGAACGCCCGGCAUAUCUGCUAUUUUCUGGACUAUGGUGCGGUCAAUCUCUUCAGCCUGGGCUCAGCCAUCGCCUACUCCGCAUACACGUUCCCUGAUGCACUGGUCUGCAGCACCUUCCAUGAGUGUUACGUAGCCCUGGCCGUGCUGAACACCAUUCUCAGCACUGGCCUCUCCUGCUACUCCAGGUUUCUUGAACUCCAGAAGCCCCGGCUCUGCAAGCUGCUCCGGGUCCUGGCCUUCGCCUACCCCUACGCCUGGGACUCACUCCCCAUCUUCUACAGGCUCUUCCUGUUCCCAGGGGAGAGUUCAAGAAAUGAAGCCAUGCUGUACCACCAGAAGCACAUGGUCAUGACCCUCCUGGCCUCUUUCUUGUACUCUGCUCACCUGCCAGAGCGACUGGCUCCUGGACGCUUUGACUACAUUGGCCACAGUCACCAGCUGUUUCACGUGUGCGUCAUCCUGGCCACACACUUGCAGAUGGAAGCCAUCCUUCUGGACAAGACGCUGAGAAGAGAGUGGCUCUUGGCCACCUCCAGACCCUUCUCUUUGCCUCAGAUAGCAGCGGCCAUACUUCUGUGCAUCAUCUUCAGCCUCAGCAACAUUAUUUAUUUCUCAGCUGCUCUGUAUCGGAUCCCUGAGCCUGAAUUACAUGAAAAGGAAACAUGAUUUCAGAACAUGCCAAGUUUCACUGUUCAGUCGUUGAUGUGGUGCUGGCUUACAGUGGCCAAAAGCAUUCGUAGCAACUGAUGUCUUGACAUGUUUUAAUGGGUUCAUAUAGAAAAAAAAAUGGAUUUAACUGGGCAGAGUUCUCUACACAUGCAUGGAUUCUGUAAAAGGGAGAAUGUGGGCGUAAGUCCUGGAUACGGAUAAAUAUUGAGUUUUAAACUUAUUUAAAAUGAGGUGUUAAGGGGAUGGUGGUAUAGCUCAGUUGGUAAAUAGUUGCCUGGAAUAUACAGAGCCCUGUUUUCCUUCCUUCCUUCCUUCCUUCCUUCCUUCCUUCCUUCCUUCCUUCCUUCCUUUCUCUUUCUUUCUUUCUUUCUUUCUUUCUUUCUUUCUUUCUUUCUUUCUUUCUUUCUUUCUUUCUUUCUUUCUUUCUGCCUGUUGUUUAGUUGAGACAGGCUGUAUCUCAGGCUGUCCUGAAAUUUACUAUGUGGGCCAGGCUAGCUUUGAACUCACAGAGAUCUGCCUGCGUCUGACUCCUGAGUGUUGGGAUUAAAGGUGCGUGCCACUACACUGAAGCCUUAGUUUUGAUCCUUAGCACAGCAGAACUUGGUCCUGUGGCUCGUGCCUAUAACUUCAGAACCAGUAAAGCAGAAGCAGAGGAUCAAGAGUGUAAACCCAGCCUUGGACACUUAGUGAGUUUGAGGCCAUCCUUGGACACAUGAGAUUGUCUCUUAAAAAAAAAAAGUUCUCAAUUCUGUUGAAACAGUCAUAUUAAGCAUACGGCCCUGCCUCUCCAGUGUUUGUAUUGAUGUUUAAAAGCAGAAGAGGCUACACUUGAUGAAUGUUGUAUAGCUAAGCUUUCCCCCCAGAUGAGUGAGAUGGUUCAAUGAGUUAAGCUUGCUGCCAAGCCUGACGACAGGAGUUCGAUCCCCAGGACCUGCUGCAAAGUAUUCUGCAGUACACAGAAGAUGUGACAGCCUCUGGAGCUAAGUGAUGUCAUCCCAACUGUUAGGGCUCCCUGUCUCCUUCAUUCAAGCAAUGGAGGAGCUGUCUUUGGAGAUAGCGUGCCUGGCACCGUGUUGGCACGCCAGUAUGCUGCCAGACUUGGUAUUUAUGCAGAGGGUGUUGGCCUCUGUGGGACAGUCAAAUGCCCUGUCUUCAACCUAACCUGUGAAAUAGAAACACAGGUAAGCUUGUGUCAUGCAUUUCCUGGGGGUAAACUAGGGUUCUGCUUUCCUACAUGAAAUGCAGGUUUCUGAAAUGUGGACCGGAGCAUGUCCCCAGGAUUUCAACACAGGAGGGCAGGGGCAGAUGCUGAAGACAUUUGUGGUGUCUUUAAUUUACAACUUGAUCAAAGUUCCAGCAACUUGCCAUCUACAUGUGUGUCCCUGCUUUCUCUCGAGUCUUCUACUACUGAUGACCUUUUUUAACCCAUUAAGUGAAAAUGAAGUCUUAUGGGUUAAACCCUAGACUAAAAAGCAAAGCCAGAGGCUUGAAGGAGAGGCUCUUGGACGUGUAUGCUGACUUUAAAACGCCAGCAUCUUAUGUGCCGAUGGAACCUGGUCGGCCAGCCUCCUGACCGUUGGGCCAGCCUCACACUCAGGAUUUGUACCUUCUUUACCAUGAUGGAUGCCGAUAUCCUUUCUGAACAGUAAGCCCAACCAAGCCCUUUCUUAAGAAAUAGACAAUAACAAGAAAUCACAAAAUGAGAACAACACCACCACCUCUGCCAAGUGCCACAGCCUUGUGCAACAGUCCCUUCAGCCUUAUACAUCUAACCAUAGCUGCCUGUCCAUCCUUGGACCAACGUUGCCUUGUUACUGAUGCUUAUAACCAAAUACUACUAUGUUCUUGUACAACACAUCCUCUUCCUCAUUUUGCCUUAAAAAUAUCAUCUUAUAGGACUGGGGAUGGCAAGAUGUGCAAGCAUCAGGGUGAGGUCAGCCCACGUGCACCAUGGAAACCUAGCUGUGGCUGUAUGGACCAGUACCUGCAGCACUGGGAACAAAGACGGGCAGGUGCUGGGAGCUCACUGGCCAGGUCUCCACACAGCAGUCCUCUCUCGGCAAGGUGAGGAAGCAGUGGAGACAGACAUUCUGACAUCAGCCUCUGGCCGUGUGCAUCAGCAUAGGUGGGUGUGUCUAGGCACACGCCCCCUUGCCUGGACUCUGAAUGUGCAUGUCAUUUAUCAGCAUGUGUGCAGACAUCACUGUGCUGUUCUGGAUUAAUUUGUUGUCUUUGGAGAAACUCUGUUAUUUAGGUUUGUGAUAUCAAACAUGGCAAUCCCUUGUUUGUUGCAUUUGUAAUUAAAAGUUCAGUGUUUUAUAGUGUUUUGGGGGAGUUCAGAAAUGCUGACACAAAAUAAAUUUUAACAGGCCCACCAGC